AUGUUGAAUUUUGUGUUUCAGAAACCCGAUGUGCGGCUCUCCCGAGGCAGCAUCGACCGAGAGGAUGGAGGUCUCCAGGGCCCAGCUGGUAACCAGCACAUAUAUCAGCCUGUGGGUAAACCAGAUCACGCAGCUCCGCCAAAGAAACCUCCCCGCCCUGGAGCCCCCAGCCAUUUGGGCAGCCUUGCGAGCCUCAACAGCCCCGUGGACAGCUACAACGAAGGCGUGAAGAUCCAGCCGCAGGAAAUCAGCCCCCCUCCUACGGCCAACCUGGACCGCUCCAACGACAAGGUCUAUGAGAAUGUAACGGGGCUGGUGAAAGCCGUCAUCGAAAUGUCCAGUAAAAUACAGCCAGCUCCACCCGAGGAGUACGUGCCCAUGGUCAAGGAGGUUGGUUUGGCACUAAGAACAUUGCUGGCAACAGUAGAUGAGACCCUCCCCGUCCUUCCUGCAAGCACGCACAGAGAGAUCGAGAUGGCCCAGAAGCUGCUGAACUCAGACCUGGCGGAGCUCAUCAACAAGAUGAAGCUGGCGCAGCAGUACGUCAUGACCAGCCUGCAGCAGGAGUACAAGAAGCAGAUGCUGACGGCUGCUCACGCGCUGGCUGUGGACGCCAAAAAUCUGCUGGAUGUUAUUGACCAAGCCAGGCUGAAAAACAUCAGUCAGUCCAGGCCGCACUAAGGGAGGAGUUGGGUUUCAUCCCUGUUGUAAGAAUUCUGCUCGGAAAGGAUGUUGUUUCACCUUCCACCAGCAGUGAGGAUUAACCCAGUGUAGUCCUGGCUUUCCAGCACCUCUUGCUUCAGCAGAGCUGACCGACCGCUGCUGGUUCUCUCUCAUUACCAAUAACCGAGUUUUUACCAUAAAGCCAAGCUGGUCUG